AUGGACGUCGCAAGGAUUGGUUUCCAUUUUACGCCGAGCGAUGAAGAGCUGUUUCAGAUUCUUGGAAUGAAGCUGAGAGGAGAAUAUGAAGGGGGCGGAGUGACUGAGGUUGAUCCGUAUGAGAAAGAGCCGUGGCUGGUGUUCGACAAGAAUGAACCGACCACGUUUUAUGUGUUUACAAGUCUGAAGAAGAAAAGCCGAUCAAGAAUGGAGAGAAAGGUCGGUUGCGGUACAUGGAAAAUGGAGAGAUCCGUGGAGGUCGUCGACUGGGAGGAAAACGUUAUAGGGUUCAAGAAGAUGCUUACGUUUGAGGAGAAGAAGAAGAACACAGAGAAUGGUCGGUGGAUCAUGCACGAGUAUUCCCUACGGGAC